UGCGACAAACCGUAUCAAGUGUGUAUUACGUAGGAAUUUUUCUUCCAUGAAACGACAUUUUCCGUUUUGGUGUUGACUGCAUUUCUCAGCUCGAAAUUCGAAUACCAUGCUCGUCUUCAUCUUCUUGCUGCUCUGCUUUAAGCCUAUCGGCAUUCGAGCUCAAACGCCAGCUCUUCCUCUUCCAGAUUCUGAAAGGAAUGCUCUUAGAGAAAUAGCUGAUCAGUUGGGGAAAAAGGGCUGGAAUUUGAGCCUGAAUCCUUGCGAUGGGGACCCAAGCUGGAAUACCCCACCACAGGAUGGCUGGCCAAUCUAUCAAAAUUCUGUUCUUUGCAAUUGCACAUAUUCUGAUGGUUUCUGUCAUGUUGAAAGCAUAUCGCUUACAGCUCAGGAUUUAGCAGGUGUCCUUCCGCCUUCCUUGGCAAAGUUACCAUUCCUCAAGAACAUUGUUCUUACACGCAACUAUUUAAGUGGGACAAUCCCUCCUGAAUGGGCAUCUAUCAAACUGGAAAUAAUGGUUGUUGCUAUCAAUCGAUUAUCUGGACCAAUCCCAACAUAUUUGGGAAAUAUAACCACACUAAGAACACUGAGUUUGGAGAAUAACAUGUUUAAUGGAACUGUUCCACGGGAACUCGGGAAUCUUGUCAAUUUAGAGAGAUUAGUUCUUUCUGCAAACAAUCUCACUGGUGACCUUCCGAUAGAAUUGAAUAACGUCACCGGUUUGACACAACUUAGGUUGAGCCGAAAUAACUUCACUGGGAAAUUACCUAGCUUUCAGGCUUGGACAAACCUUCAAAGCUUAGAGAUUGAAGCAAGUGGUUUUGGAGGACCGAUACCUUCAAGCAUUUCUGUAUUGACGAAUUUAACUGAACUAAGAAUCGCUUACUUAAAUGGAGGAGACUCUGAGUUUCCUAUGGUAAAAAAUAUGACGAGUCUGACUAAGUUGAUGUUGAGAAGUUGCAAUUUAAUUGGGAAGAUACCAGAUUAUGUGGGCAGUAUGACACCAUUGCGUAAUCUGGAUCUGAGUUUCAACAAUCUAGAAGGUGAAAUUCCAAGCCUUGGUCUGUCUAAUAUGGAAGUGAUGUUACUAACGAACAAUUCUUUGACUGGGCCAGUCCCAGAAUGGAUGCAAAAUCGAGACCCCAGAACACAAAUAGACAUUUCUUACAAUAACUUCAGCGAGAGCUCUGUCCCAUCAACUUGUCGUGAGACCUUCAACUUGUUCAAAACCUUCAGUGAGUGGAAUCAUGCAGAGAAGUGCUUGAGUCCUUGCUCAAAGGAUUGGUAUAAUUUCCAUAUAAAUUGUGGGGGUCCCAAAGUUGUGAUUGGAGAGACUACUUUUGAUGAUGAUCAAGACUCAGCAGGUUCUACAAAAUUUGCCCACCCAUACGAGAAUUGGGUUACCAGUAGUACAGGAGACUUUUGGGAUGUAAACCGUACCAUUUCUGACUAUACAGCAAGUAACGUAUCUGUUAUCAAAGGAAACGAAACUGAACUUUACACAGCGGCUCGUGUCUCUCCUUUGUCAUUGACUUAUUUUGGACGCUGCUUGGCAAAUGGAAACUAUACCAUCACUCUCCACUUUGCGGAAAUCGUUAUAAGAGAUAAUAGAUCAUUCGAGAGUCUAGGAAGACGGUUCUUUGAUGUUUAUAUCCAGGGUGUACGAGUCUUAAAGGACUUUGAUAUUAAAAGUGCAGCUCGAGGAGUCGAUACACCCAUAAAACUGAAAUUUAGCGCACCUGUCACAGACAAAACUCUAGAGGUGCGCUUUUACUAUACUGGGAAAGGAACACAAACAGCCCCAGUCAGAGGAAAAUAUGGUUCUUUAGUAUCAGCCAUCUCUGUGGAAUCCGAUUUUGAUCCUCCAAAUCACAAAAAGAAGACUGUCAUUAUAGCUGUUUCUGUGGCAGCUUCAUUAGUUGCUAUUCUCGUAAUUCUUGGUAUUGCUUGGAGAAGAAGAUACUUAAAAAGCAGAAUUUCAAAGGAACAAGAACUAAUGGGACUUGAUCUUAAGACUGGCUUCUUCACCUUCAGACAAAUUAAAGCAGCCACUGAUAACUUUAGUGCUGCAAAUAAACUUGGAGAAGGUGGUUUUGGAGCUGUUUACAAGGGCACACUACUAGAUGGCACCAUAGUUGCUGUUAAGCAGCUUUCAUCCAAGUCGAAGCAAGGAAACCGUGAAUUUGUGAACGAAAUUGGCAUGAUCUCUGGUUUGCAACACCCAAAUGUGGUGAGACUCUAUGGAUGCUGUAUAGAAGGAAAUCAACUUUUACUCGUGUACGAGUACGUGGAGAACAACAGCCUUGCCAGAGCUCUAUUUGGUCCUCAAGAAUCACGACUGCAAAUAGACUGGCCAACUAGGCAAAGAAUUUGCGUUGGCAUAGCUAAAGGUUUAGCUUUCCUGCACGAGGAGUCGGCUCUAAAAAUUGUUCACAGGGACAUCAAAGCUGCUAAUGUACUUCUUGACAAAAACCUCAAUCCAAAAAUUUCGGACUUUGGUUUGGCCAAACUUGAUGAAGAGGAGAACACCCAUAUCAGUACUAGAGUUGCAGGAACAAUAGGAUAUAUGGCGCCCGAAUAUGCAUUAUGGGGCUACUUAACCUACAAAGUAGACGUGUACAGUUUUGGCGUUAUGGCCCUAGAAAUAGCUGCAGGGAAAAACAACAUGAAGUUUAGGCCAGAUGAGAGUUAUGUUUGCCUACUUGACUGGGCCCUCGUCGUGCAAAAGAAAGGGUCUCUGCUGGAGCUUGUAGAUUCCCAGUUGGGAUCAGAUUUAAACAAAGAAGAAGCAAUCAGAAUGAUCAAAGUGGCACUGAUAUGCACUAAUCCAUCGCCCGCGCUAAGGCCAACCAUGUCUGCAGUGGUCCGCAUGCUUGAAGGUGAGGCAGAUGUUAAUGAUCUUAGCUCGGAUGCAACUAUGUAUGGAGAUGAUCUCCAUUUUCAAUCACUCCGAGAAAAGUAUGAUGAAAUGCAGUCUAGGUCAAGUGAGAGACAUAGUUUUUUUCAGUCAUCUAAUGCAAGAACAGGAGAUGCCCCUUCUUCAACCUCCUUCUAGUCAGAAUCUUUUUGUCUAUACUACAUGCUAAUAAUACUGCAGUUUUGUUUUGUUUUGUUUUUUUUUUUUUGAGUGUUUUGUUUUGUUUUAUUAAUUAUCAUUUGUUUUUGGUAAGUAAAUAUAAUAGUUUUAGAGAGAUUAUAGAUUGUUUACAAAUGAGGACUUGGUCAAAUAUUAAAUUUUGUAUUUAUGACAUGGCAAGAUUUGGU